GGCCUCUUUUUUUCCUCCUUGGCUUUGCUGGUGGGAAAACUUUGGAGCCGACGCACGCAUCCAGAAGAAGAGAAGGAAGGAAGGAAGGAAGGAAUAAGAAAGACAGAAGGGAAGAAGAAGGGGAAAGGAGAAGAAGGAGAGAAAGGAGAGAGAGCUCUGCAAGGAGAGGAAUUUGGGGAGCCCAAGGAGGGCAAACGAGGACAACCUGUGCUUGCAGCACCAUUGUGCACCCAAUGUGCCGGAUUAUACGAUAUGUAAGAGAAGCCAAUAGAAGUCCCGACAUGUGGAUGUAUCUCUUUGGAUGAAGAUCGUUAACCGGAGUGCGUAAUAAUUUUACUAAAAAUGGUUCAGGAAUAACCUGUUUGCAAGAUAAAAGUGACAUAGACAUGACAGUGCUUGUGCUCUCCGCGGAGGCCUAUAUAACAUGAAAAAAUGAAAUAAAUGCAAUAGCGCAGGGCCAAAAAAUGUUGUUCGUCUGGCCCUAAGCACGUCAUUCCAGAUACAUCCAGACUGUGAGAAAUCUCAGUUCCAGGAAAGUCUGUGCAACCCACCUUUUUAACAUACAGUUCCUAUAUCGGCACCAAGGUGUAAUGGACCUGCAGAUUGGAUUCCUUCCAACUCACAGAAACUUUGUGCAGAUGCUUCUUGUAGAUAUUGAAGUGUGACGGACCUGCGGAGUUUUUAUUUUUCUAGUCAUCUGGAAGAAACACACGUACUGGGGAUUUAUAGUCCUGGCCAUGGCUUUGAAAGCGAGGGCACUCUACGACUUCCAGAGCGAAAAUAAGGAGGAGAUCAGCAUCCGAGAGAACGAGGAGUUGGUGAUCUUCAACGAGAACUCCUUGGAUGGUUGGUUACAAGGGACCAACAGUCGCGGAGAAACGGGUCUCUUCCCCGCUUCCUACGUGUCGGUGCUUCGUCCGCGUUCGGCCUCGGCGUAUACGGAUUACUCCAACAGUCUUUCGGGUUCUCCUGGGAAUCACUCGUCCUUUUCCGUCCCUCCGUCCAACACCAGCGUCUCCCACCAAGGUAGCUUUGAAGAUGACGACGACGACGACGACUGGGACGAUUGGGAUGAUGGUUGCACGGUGGUGGAGGAGCCCCGGAGCGGGCCGGGUACCAACGGCCACCCGUCUCCGAACUCGUCCUACCCGAGGCCGUACUCCUAUCCGAACCAUCAAGGCUACCGCCCGAAACCGUCUCUGGAACGGCAGGACAGCAUUGGGUCUUCAAAACGGGGCAGCGUGGUGGGACGCAACCUCAACCGCUUCUCCUCCUUCGUCCGCUCUGGCGUGGAGGCCUUCAUCUUGGGCGACGUCCCCAUGAUCUCCAAGAUCGCCGAGGUGUAUUACGUCGACAUGGGGCCCAAAGGUCCCCAGUGGAGGCCCAGCCCGCACCCUUUGGUGUGUUCGGUGGAGGACCCCACCAAGCAGACCAAGUUCAAGGGCAUCAAGAGCUACAUCUCCUACCGACUGACCCCCAGCAACACCCACUCGCCCGUCUACCGGCGGUACAAGCACUUCGAUUGGCUUUACAACCGGUUGCUGCACAAGUUCACCGUCAUCUCGGUGCCGCACUUGCCCGAGAAGCAAGCCACGGGGCGCUUCGAGGAGGACUUCAUCGAGAAGCGGAAGCGGAGGCUGAUUUUGUGGAUGGACCACAUGACCAGCCACCCAACCCUCUCCCAGUACGAGGGCUUCCAACACUUCUUGACCUGCCGGGACGACAAACAGUGGAAGAUGGGCAAGCGCCGGGCGGAGAAGGACGAGAUGGUGGGCGCUAGCUUCCUCCUGACCCUCCAGAUCCCCACCGAGCACCAAGAUCUCCAAGACGUGGAGGACAGGGUGGACACCUUCAAGGCCUUCAGCAAGAAGAUGGACGACAGCGUCCUCCAGCUGACCAACGUGGCUUCGGAGCUGGUGAGGAAGCACGUUGGAGGUUUCCGGAAAGAGUUCCAGAAGUUGGGGAACGCCUUCCAAGCCAUCAGCCAGUCCUUCCAGAUGGACCCACCCUACAGCUUGGAUGCCCUCAACGGUGCCAUCUCUCACACCGGCAAGACUUACGAGACGGUGGGCGAAAUGUUUGCCGAACAACCCAAGAACGACUUGUUCCUCAUGUUGGACACGCUUUCCUUGUACCAAGGACUCCUCUCCAACUUCCCGGAUAUUAUCCACCUGCAGAAAGGGGCCUUUGCCAAGGUGAAGGAGAGCCAGCGGAUGAGCGACGAAGGCCGGAUGGAGCAGGACGAGGCCGACGGGAUCCGGAAGCGGUGCCGCGUGGUGGGCUUCGCCCUCCAGGCCGAGAUGACCCACUUCCACGAGCGGCGGGUCUCGGACUUCAAGAAGAUGAUGCAGUCGUACCUCAGGCAGCAGAUCCUCUUCUACCAGAGGGUCAGCCAGCAGCUGGAGAAGACCUUGCGCAUGUACGACAACCUCUAGCAUCCCCAGGUGGCCUGGCCUUCCCUUUUCUCUUCGAAACGAGUCCCAAAAAUUACGAGUCGGGGAUAUUUGCACCUCCAAACUUACCUUCCACAACCAGGAUUAUAUCUUCCAUUGGAUCCACUCUGGGUUAUAAUCUGCACAAGAUAGUUGCUUGGAAGUCCAGAGUAAAUCUGAGAAGAGGAUGCACCGCUUCCGAGUAAAACCCAAAGUGGAAUGAGAACCGGUUUCCACAGUUGAUGGGCUUCCAAAACGGAUAUCUUGCUCGCAAUGUUGGUAAUCGAUUUUGGCAGUUGAUGGGCUUCUGAAACGGGUACCUUGCUCCCAACGUUGGUUUGAGCUUCCAGGGUUUCGUUCGAAGGCGACAACGUGGAGCAAAAACGUGGAGGAAUUGUGGGAGUUGCUCUAGAGCGAGAACUUCCUAGAAGAGCAAGAAGGUCUUGCUGUUCCUCAAGAGUAAGAACUUUCUGUGGGAUUUGGGAGUCCAAAAUACCUGGAGAGCAGAAGGUUGUCCAUGCCUGGUGUAGACCCAUCUGCUGCUCUUCCAAGAAGCUCUUGCUCUAGAGCAUUGCUCCUAAUGUUGGUUUGAGCUUCCAGGGUUUCGUUUGAAGGCGACACUUGGAGCAAAGGCGUGGAGGAAUUUGGGAGUUGCUUGAGUGCAAAAA